CGACGCGAGGGAGGGAGACAGGGACGCGUACCGUCGUCUCGGCGGGCACAGUGGAGGAAGGGAAUAAAGUUAGUUAACCAACGGGCGCCAAUAUUUAUCGGCGGCCUCCUCCGCCUCCACUUCCCCGCUGCGCCCUUUUUAACCGCUUUUUAAAGCUCCCCCCCGGGCUCCCCUGCCUUCUUGCUCCCCCACUCCCCACUUCACCCCCCCACUGCCGCGAGAGCAGGCGGCCGGAGGCGGAGGUGGGGUGGCCUAGGCGUAGGCGGCGGCAUGGCCCUGGCCGACGCCACCGCGUUCCCCUACGGGCUGCGCGUCCUCGUCGUGGACGACGACCCGACCUGGCUCAAGAUCCUCGAGAAGAUGCUCAGGAAGUGUUCCUACGAAGUCACCACAUGCGGUUUAGCCAGUGUUGCUCUCCAAAUUCUCCGGGAGAGGAGAAACAAGUUUGACAUCGUAAUAAGUGAUGUCAACAUGCCUGACAUGGAUGGUUUCAAGCUCCUCGAGCACAUUGGACUCGAGAUGGAUCUUCCUGUUAUAAUGAUGUCCAUCGAUGGAGAAACAAGUAGGGUGAUGAAAGGUGUCCAGCACGGUGCUUGUGACUAUCUCCUCAAGCCUGUUCGAAUGAAGGAACUUAGGAACAUCUGGCAACACGUGUAUAGGAAGAAAAUGCAUGAGGUGAAAGAGAUCGAAGGUAAUGACUUCUGUGACGAUCUCCAAAUAUUCAGAAAUGGUUGUGAAGGAUUGGAAGAGAGGGGCCUAUUUAUGAGAGCUGACUCUGAUACCAUGAGGAAGAGAAAAGAUGUCGAUAAGGACAACACAGAUCAGGACUCGAGUGAUGGUGCUACUGUUAAGAAGGCUAGAGUUGUCUGGUCUGUUGACCUUCAUCAGAAAUUCGUAAAUGCGGUGAACCAAAUUGGAUUUGACAAAGUUGGGCCAAAGAAAAUACUGGACCUAAUGAAUGUUCCUGGCCUGACAAGGGAGAAUGUAGCCAGCCAUCUUCAGAAAUAUCGGCUCUACUUGAGUAGGUUGCAAAAGCAGAAUGAGGAAAGGAUAAUGGGUGCUGCUAGGCAAGAUUUCAGUCACAAGGGACCAUCAGAUAACCUUAACCUUCGAAACUCCUUCCAAGAGCAACCUGGCAAUGGUGCCAAUGGAUUUCAGCAUAGUUCUCAGAAGAUCCAAGCUCAGAGCAACAUGCUCGAUCCUCAUUUGGAGGACACGAAGAUUGUGGUGCCCUUGAAGGUGCCAGAUAAAAAUAGAACCCCAGUAAGUGAUGUUAUUGACCCUCAGAAUGUCACCAGCGCUUCACCUUUAGGUGGGGUGCUAUCUUUUGAAAGAAUGCCACUGAAUCAAGACAGGAAGCCAUCAGAAACCAUGAUCUUGGAAUGUCAGUCCUGGAGUGGAAGUGUGCCACCAAAGCAGUUCAUGCAGUACCCAAAACAUAACCAUGAGCGAUGCGACCUGCUAGGAGACUAUUCUUGCCUGCCCAAACCAGACUUAGAGCACCCAAUCACCCCUGGUCAUCUAUAUGCCCCACCACCGUUGGUAUCGAUGAGUUGCAGUAUGGAGGGGGAUGUCAGAGACUUCUCAGAUGUAAAACCAGAUCUUCUUGGCUGUAUGAAGUCCUUAUCACCUGCAUUGACGUGUACAGUUGAUUCAGUUUCUGCUCAACUUAGUGACAGUGUUGUUACUUCAACUAACAUUGACCAAAAGUUUUCCAGUGUGGAGGGGUUGUCCAGUGGUAAAGAUUGUCAUUUUGACCAGGCAAGGAACCAAGCCCCUUUGCUUACUUCUGAAGAGGCGAGUACCAUAUGCGGUACCGAUUUGGCUUGUCUACCUGAUGACCUUUCCGGCUAUCAACUUGGACUCAAUGGCAUUGAUUUAUUUCAGUGUAAUGAUGCAAUGAUGCUACAUGGACUGCAGAAUAACUGGUACGAUGAUCCAGAGCUUAGUAGUGAAAUAAUGGAGUUCCCGUUGCUAGACGGAUGCCUAUUUGCAUAA